AUGAGCGAGGAAACCCACACGGCGACAACCACAACCACCACGGCGGCGGGCGAGCAGUCGGAGACGGUCGUGACGACGACGACGACCACCACCACCACAACUACCUCGACGACGGAGGAGACGACGUCCGUGUCCGCGUUGGCAGGCGCAAUGGACGCGGGCAAGUACACUUUCAUCCCGGAGUUCGGCGGCCAGGGCAUCUCCUACUGGACCGAGCUGCAAAAGCUCUAUGCUGCAUCCAAGACCAGCGCCGCGCGCGCGUUCAUCGACAGCGCGGCGCAGGCGCUGCUGGAGGAGUCCAGCACCGACGAGGCCAAGGCCUCCGUCGCCUUCGAGGCGGCCAUCGACGUGCACAGCUGGCUGCAGAGCCUGGAGGUCGGCGACGCGCCCGCAGACUUGGCGCUCGACUGCGUGUACUUCAGCAUGCCGCUGCUGGUGCUCACGCAGUGCGCCAACUACCUCAACUUCCUCGAGACGGCGGGUGUGAGCCACGAGAGCGUGGUCAAGAGCUCCACCACGGCUGUGGGCCACAGCCAGGGCGUGGUGAGCGCCGUCAUCUUCUCUGCGGCCAAGACGGCCGAGGAGUUCGUCGCGAUCGGCGUCUCCGUCCUGCGCUACAUGUUCUGGCAGGGACUGCGCGCGCAGGAGGCGUACGACCAGCUCCUGACGCAGUACAAGCAGGACGGUAAGAAGAUCGCGGACGCCGGCCCGAUGCUGGCCGUGCGCGGUCUCAAGAAAGAGCACGUGCUCAAGGCCAUCGAGGUGGCCAAGCGCCGCACCAAGACGCCCGACCUGCAGCUGUCGCUCAUCAACGCGUCGGACAUGAUGAACGUGACGGGCUUCCCCGCGACGCUGACGCUGCUGAAGCAGGCGCUGGAAGGCCUGUUCGCCAAGCCCGACGCCAACCAGACGCGCAUCCCGCACUCGCAGCGGAAACCCACGGGUUCGCUGUCGUUCUUGCCGCUGUCGGCUCCUUUCCACACACCGCUGCUGACUGAGGCCAAGCCGAAGCUGGUCCAGGACGUUGAGCGCGUCAAGUGCGCUAUCAAGGGCAGCCAGCUGCAGGUGCCCGUGUACGCUACGAACGCGGAGGCGACCAACCUGCAGACGGUGGACGACGUUGUCGAUGAACUUAUUAACAUGCAGUUGCUGCAACUCGUGGACUGGACUGCGGCGUGGGCAAAGAUUGCGGAGCACCACUCGAGCGCGACUCACGUGCUGGAGUUUGGACCCGACCUCGGUGUGGCGAAGCUGAGCGACAAAUUCGCGGAAGGUCUGGGCAUUGAGGUGGUGAUUGCGACCGCCAAGCACCCGGUCAUGAGCACAUCGACGAAGUACGCCCCUCACAUCGGCCUGCAGCAGUUCAUCGACGCUGCGCCGACCUUCUCCCCGGCCGAGGCGACGUGGGCGAAGAAGUUCGGCCCGCAGGUGACGGCGUCGGGCAAGCUCUACAACAGAUUCACACGCGCGCUGAACAAGCCCCCCGUCAUGGUCGCGGGUAUGACGCCCACGACGAGCCUGGAAGGUAUCGACCUCGUUGCGGCUAUCCAGAACGCGGGUUUCCACGGCGAGCUUGCGGCGGGUGGUCUGUCGCGCCCGAACAUCUUUGAGGACGCGGUGAACGAGCUGGUGUCGAAGAUCAAGCCUGGCCUCGGCAUCGCGAUCAAUAUGCUGUACCUGAACGCGAAGCAGUGGGGCUUCCAGUUCCCGAUGGUGCUUCGUAUGCGCCGCAGCGGCGUGCCUAUCGAGAGCAUCACGAUUGGUGCCGGUAUCCCGACGCAGGAGCGUGCGCUUGAGAUGAUGUCGCAGCUGGAGGCCGUUGGCAUCAAGGUGGUGUGCUUCAAGCCCGGUUCGGUGGACGGUAUCCACGCGGUGCUGGAGAUUGCCGCGGCGAUGCCAUCGAUGACCGUGAUGCUGCAGUGGACUGGCGGCCGCGCUGGUGGCCACCACAGCUUCGAGGACUUCCACCAGCCGAUGGAGGAGACGUACGCCGCCAUCCGUCGCGUGUCGAACGUGCUGCUGGUGGUGGGCUCUGGCUUCGGCAACUGGGAGGACUCGAAGCAGUACCUCACGGGCGAGUGGAGUCUGGCGCGCGGCCACCUACACAAGAUGCCUGCGGAUGGUAUCCUGAUGGGCUCUCGCGUGAUGGUCGCGAAGGAGGCUGCGACCGCGCCGGCAGUGAAGAAGCUGCUGGUGGACACUCCUGGUAUCGAGUCGGAGCUGGAGUGGGAGACGAGCUACACGGGCGUCGUGGGCGGCGUUGUCACGGUGACGUCGGAGCUGGGCGAGCCGAUCCACGUGGUGGCCAACCGCUGCGCGCAGCUGUGGAAGGAGUUUGACGACAAGUACUUCUCGAUCCCGCGCGAGCAGGUGGAGCUGGCGCUCCGCCUGAACAAGCAGGACAUCAUCGCACGCCUGAACGCGGACUACCAGAAGCCGUACUUUGGCUGCAAGCGCAACGUCGAGACGGGCGAGGUUGUCCCGGCGGAGCUGGAGGAGAUGUCGUACGGAGACGUGUUGACCCGCCUGGUCGACUUGACCUACGUGGAGGUGGAAGGCAAGCCGCAGCGCUGGGUGCACGACACGUACUUCUCGCGCGUGAGCAAGUUUAUCACGCGCACGGAGGAGCGUUUCCGCCGCGAGAGCUCUGGCGCGCUGUUCGACCAGUCGGAGCUCAAGUCGAACCCGCGCGGAACGCUGAGCGCGUUCAUUGCGAAGUACCCUGCGACGGUGUCGACGCUGCUGUCGGUGCCGGACUGCGACUUCUUCCUGGAGCUGUGUCGCACGGGUGGCAAGCCGGUGAACUUCGUGCCUGCGAUCGACACGGACUUCAAGACGUGGUUCAAGAAGGACUCUCUGUGGUACUCGGAGGACUUGGACGCGGUGCCGGAGUGCGACGAGCAGCGCGUGUUCAUCCUGCAGGGCCCCGUGGCUGUCCGCUACAGCACGGUGGUAAACGAGCCCGUGGCGGACAUCCUGGGAGGCAUCAACACGGGCUUCAUCAACGUUGUGAAAGAGAGCGGUGCGAUUGCUGCCGCGCCGGUUGCGGCCGUCAAGCAGACUGUGGACAUCGCUGGUGUUGAGGUCACGGAGAUCGACGACAGCGUGGAGGUGUCGAUCUCCACGGAGGAGAGCGCCGUUCCGUCUGCUGACGAAUGGCUUGCGGCGCUCGCCGCGUCCGUGAGCGACAAGGACUGGCUGAAGGCGCUGAUCUCGUCGACGCACGUGGUGGAGGAGAAGAAGUGGCUUGCGAAUCCGGUCCGCCAGCUUCUUGUCCCCCAGGUGGGCCAGAAGUACGUGAUCGACGCCGCCGGCGUUCGCGUGUUCGACAGGUCGAUCGACAUUUCGGGCCCCGUGAUCGAGAUCACGAAGAAGGACGCAGCGAUUGCCGUUGUGGUGAACGAGGUUCGCCCGGCGGUGACCGAGCUGAAGGCCGGCGUCGUGGCGCUGGAGAUGACGUUCCAGCACCACCCUGAGCUGUCGUGCUCGAUCCACGCUGAGGGCAGCGGCUUCAUCGACAAGGUGAAGGCGUUCUACGCCCGCUUCUGGGUGGCCAUCGAGGGCAAGGAAGAGGAGUCGUGCGAGGCUGCGUGCGCGGAGAGCGUGAUGUCUCCUUUCACGGCCGACUUCAGCAUCACGAAGGAGGACAUCGUGGCGUACCGUGCCGCGCUGGGUCUCAGCGCGGACGAGGUGGGCGCUCCCGCCGACUUCUCGACGAUCGUGUCGUGGCGUCCGCUGAUCCAGUCGGUGUUCACGAAGGAGGUGAAGGGCAACCUGCUGGACCUGGUGCACCUGAAGCACUCGUACAAGCUGCUGUCAUCGCGCAAGGCGUCCGCGACGUUCCUGCCUGGCGACGACAUCGUGAGCACGUCGAACGUCGGCAGUCUGCGCAUCAUCGACAGCGGCAAGAUUGUGCACGGCGUGGCCAUCAUCUCGCGCAAGACGGUGGACGAGCAGAUGGAGGAGGUGCUGGAGCCGCUGGUGGAGCUGCACAGCGAGUUCCUGAUCCGCGGCUCGUUCAAUGACUUUGAGUCGACGUUCUCGAUCGACAAGUCGACGGACGAUUUCGUGCCCAAGCGUCAGGAGGACGUUGAGAUCCUGAAGGCGAAGUCGUGGCUGAAGCUUGCUGCCGAGGCCUCGGUGAUCGUCGGUGACCACCUGUCGUUCGAGCUGAUGACGAAGAAGCAGUACGCGUCGAUCAACUCGCUAAGCUCCGUGGAGGUGUCGGGCGUGCUGUGCCGUGAGGAGGCUGGCUCGAAGGUGGAGAUCGGCACGGUCGAGUUCAAGAGCACCGAGGUGAACGAGAGCCCCGUGGUGGCAUUCCUGCGCCAGGUGCAGCCGGCGGACGCGAAUGCCGGUGGCAUGUUUGCGAACGGUGGUUCGCACAUGCUGGAGAAGCCGCUGGAGAUCAACGUGCCGGCGAACGCGCUGGCGUACGCCGUGGCUUCGCGCGAUCUGAACCCGAUUCACCGCUCGAAGUACGCCGCCAUCCUGGGCCACCUGCCGAAGGGCAAGCCGAUUAUGCACGGUCUGUGGACCGCGACGAAGGUGCGCGAUCUGGUCAUCCAGAGCUUCGGUCUGGGUUUCGACAGCAACGUCGUGGACUACGACGUGAACUUCGACGGCAUGGUGUACCCGGGCGACAAGCUGUUCAUGCAGGCGCGCCACAUCGGCCUCGACAACGGCAAGAAGGUUCUGUCGGUGGAGGUUGUGAACGGCUCCGGCGAGCGCGUGGUUAGCGCGCGUGCUGUGGUGAAGCAGGCGCCGAUGGCGUUUGUGUUCACUGGCCAGGGCUCUGCCGCGGUGAACAUGGGCAUGGACCGCUACCAGGAGUCCUCGGUUGCUCGCGAGAUCUGGAACCGUGGUGAUGUUCACCUGCGUAACACGUUCGGUUUCUCCAUCCUGGAGAUGGUGCGCAAGAACCCGAAGUCCAUAACGGUGCACUUUGGCGGUAAGAAGGGCUGCAUGAUUCGCGAACAUUACAUGAACCUGAAAUGCGAACACCCUCUCACUGGUGAGGUGACCCCACUCUUACCAGAGAUUGAUGAAGAGACUGAGAGCUACAGCUUUUCGGCAAGAGAAGGCUUGCUGUUCGCGACCCAGUUCAGCCAGCCUGCACUAGUACUUCUGGAGAAGGCAAUGUUCUCUGAGAUUGAGGCGGCGCAGCUGAUUCCUGAUGAUGCCUAUUUUGCUGGCCACUCCCUGGGCGAGUAUGCUGGUUUGAUCUCCUUCGCGGAAGCGUUAUCGGUGGAAGCACUCAUGGAUUUAGUAUUCCUGCGUGGAAUGAUCAUGCAGAAGGCUGUGAAGCGUGACGCUGAGGGACGCUCGGACUACGGUAUGGUUGCCACGAACCCCACUCGUGUUGGCCCCCACUUCACGGAGGAGGCCAUGUACAAGGUCGUAGACGGCAUCGAGGCUGCUUCGGGGAAGCUCCUUCAGGUGGUGAAUUUCAACAUCCAGCAGCGCCAGUACGUGGUUGCUGGUGAGAACGUGAACCUGGAGACGCUGUCGCUGGCGUUGUCUGCGUUCAAGACGGUGACGUCGACCGCUCCGGAGGAGGUGGAGAAGGUGAUCGCAGAGUCGCUGGCGCAGGCUCGCGCUCGCAAGGAGAAGUGCGAGCAGAGCGGGCGUCCGUUCACGCUGGCCCGAGGCCUGGCGACGAUCCCACUGGUUGGUAUUGACGUGCCGUUCCACUCGCGCGAGCUGUUGGGCGGUGUGCCGUCGUUCCGCGCGCUGCUGCGCACGAAGUUCGACCCGCAGGUGCUGGAGCGCCAGCUGCCGCUUCUGGUGAGCCGGUACAUUCCGAACCUGGUGGCCACUCCGUUCUCGCUGGAGCGCUCGUACUUCGAGGAGGUGUACGAGGCGACGAAGAGCCCGUACCUGGCCGAGGUGCUGAACCCGAUGCAGUGGCAGUUGACGACGAAGGCGCAGCUCGCGCAUCUUCUGGUGGUGGAGCUGCUGGCGUACCAGUUUGCGUCGCCCGUGCAGUGGAUCAAGACGCAGGCGCUGCUGUUCUCGGAGGGCGGUGUUCGCCGCUUCGUGGAGAUUGGCCCUGCUCCGACGUUGACGAACAUGGCGCUGCGCACUCUGCAGGUUGGCGACUUCCCGUCCGUGCCGCGUGAGAUUCUGUGGUACCAGCGCGAUCGCGAGGCCGUCCACUUCGAGGAGGAGACGUCGAACAUCUCUGCGUCUGAGUACGCGCGUGGUCUGGCUGCCGAGGCUGCGGCUGAGGCCGCGGCCGCCGCUGCGAAGAUUGCUGCUGCGUCUGCUCCGAAGGCGGAGGCGGCUCCCGCGGCGCCGGCCCCGGUUGCUGCUCCGGUUGUUGUCGCGCCGGCGGCUCCGAUGCAGGCUGCUCCUGCUCCCGCUCCUGCGGCGUCGGUUUCUGCUGCGGAAGACGCGCCGGUUGCUGCUCUGCACGUUCUGCGUGUGCUUCUUGCUGUGCGCCUGAACAAGGACCUUGGCGAUAUCAAGGAAGACACGGACGUGAAGACGCUUUGCGCCGGCAAGUCUGCGGUGCAGAACGAAAUCCUGGGUGACCUGGAGAAGGAAUUCGGUGGCGGCGUCCCCGAGGGUGCCGGCGAGGUGCCGCUGAAGGAGCUGGCGUCGAAGUUCUCCGGCUACAGCACGCUGGGCAAGGUGACGAACGGCCUGAUCAACAAGGUGGUGGCGAGCAAGAUGCCCGGCGGCUUCACGAUGUCGAGCAUCAAGGAGUACCUGAGCGGCGAGAAGGGUCUGGGAGCUGGCCGCAUGGAGAGCGGCCUGGCGCACUCGCUGCUUCUUGCGCCGCAGGCUCGUUUCAAGAGCGAUGCGGACGCGCGGAAGUGGCUGGAUGACAGCGUGAAUGGCUACGCUUCGUUCGCGGGCAUUUCACUGGCCCGCCCGACGAUGGCUGCUGCGCCUGGCGCCGUGGGCAUGUCGUUCAACCCGGCUCCGGUGUCGAUCCCUACGGUGGCUGACAAGCCCGUGGAGGCGAAGCACGCUCUGCUGGUGAUGCUCGCGGCUAAGUUCAGCAAGGCGUUCACGGAGGUCCCUGAGACGGCCACGAUCAAGGAGCUGUCCGCUGGUAAGUCUGCGGUGCAGAACGAGAUCGUUGGCGACCUGGAGAAGGAGUUCGGCUCGGGUCCGGAUGAUGUGGCGGAGAUGAAGCUGGUCGAGCUUGCUGGCAAGUUCCCCGACUACGCGUCGCCCGGCAAGGUGACGAGCGCUCUGAUCGCAAAGAUGCUGGCGAGCAAGAUGCCCGGUGGUUUCGGUCUGUCGGCCAUCAAGGAGUACUUGUCGAGCGAGCGUUGCCUGCCGAGCGGUCGCAUCGAAAGCGUGCUGCUGCACGGCCUGACGCAGAAUCCGAAGCAGCGCCUGACGGACGAUGCGACGGCGAAGAAGUGGCUGGAUGGCGUCGUGGACGACUACGCGAAGUUCGCUGGCAUUGACAUCCCGUACCUGUCUAAGCUGGGCGGUAUGAUGGCUGGUCCAGCCAUGGGCCAGCCGGCGAUGCAGUCGAGCUCGCUGCCGAGUGACUUCGAAAAGCGUCUGAAGUCGAUGAUCGCGAACCAGGUGGAAGCGUUGAACUCGUACCUGGGCGAUGACCAGUUGGACUGGCACCGCAAGAUCGAGACGGAGGUGGACUUGCGUGAGGACCUGGAGUCGUCGGUGUCGCAGUGGGUGACGGAGCACGGCGAGUUCUACGGUGCUGGUAUUGCUGGCAAGUUCGAUGCGAAGAAGGAGCGUCAGUACGACAGCUACUGGAACUGGGCUGUUCAGGAUGCGAUGGAGCUGUACCACCGCACUGCUGCUGCUGCUGCGAAGGGCGCUCCCGCGAGAUCGAAACUGGAUUUGAGUAGUGCUUCCAACACACAUCUUCGCAAUCGUGCUACGCCGGAGCUUCUGAGAUGCUUGCACUUCUUGGUAUCGCGUGCGGAGAAGGAGGACUGCUCUGAGUUGGUCCAAGCACUGAAGCAGAUGGUGACGAAAAUGGAUGCGUGGUUGGACUCGAAACCUGUGAGCAUGCCGAGCUUGAAGCCGACGCAGCCAGAGCUAAGCAUUCUUGAGAAUGGCAAGCUUGAGUAUGCCGAAGUUCCUCGUGAAGGUGUUCACGACGCUAUUUGCUACGUCGACGAGAUUUCCCGUGGUCUGGAGUACAAGAUUAUUCUCAAAAGUGGGAAAAAUGCUAGCUCAAAUGGACCUGAGUUUGAAGCGACACCAACUGACAACGGAAGCACGACCAGCGAAGACGUUGAUAGUGACGAGGUUGACAGCGGCGAGGAUGACGAUUCCUCCUCAAAUGAUGGUUCCAGCAGACUAUCAUCUGCAGGCACCAAGAUCGAUACAAUACGUGACGCUCUUCACCGACGCGCCGAACGAGAGUCCAAAUGGGCUCCGGUUGUUCGCUCGUCCUAUGGCCUGAACGAGAACCUGAAGAAGAUCGUGCUGCCGCACGUGCACGUCCGCAAGCCGUCCGAUGUGGACCCGACGAUCCGCCUGUACGACGUCGAGUCGACCUGCGUGCUGUUGUCGUGCAUGCGCGAGAUGGCCUCGACGGGUAUCUCGUUUGCCGGCAAGGUUGCUUUGCUGACGGGUUGCGGCAAGAACUCCAUUGGUGCCGAGAUCGUGAAGGCGCUGUUGGAAGGUGGCGCUACGGUGUUUGUGACGACGAGCAGCUUCAGCAUGAAGACAACGGCGCUGUUCCGCGAGAUCUACGAGCAGCACGGCAGUCGUGGCAGCCGCCUCGUCGUGCUGCCGUUCAACCAGGCUUCUAAGGUGGACGUGCAGAACCUAGUGGCGCACAUUUACAACGUGCACAAGCUGGACCUGGACUUCUUGAUCCCGUUCGCGGCUCUGUCGGAGGUGGGCCGCACGAUCACGGACAUCGACUCGCGCUCGGAGUUGGCACUCCGAGUCAUGCUGACGAACGUGAUGCGUUUGCUGGGCGAGGUCGUUACGGCGAAGAAGACUCGUGACAUCACGACGCGUCCAGCGCUUGUAGUUCUCCCGAUGUCGCCGAACCACGGCAGCUUCGGUGGCGACGGUCUGUACGCCGAGUCGAAGCUGGGCGUGGAGAGUCUCAUGAGCAAGUGGUACUCGGAGGGCUGGGAUGACCAGCUUUCGAUCGUUGGUGCCAUUAUCGGUUGGACCCGUGGCACGGGCCUCAUGUCUGGCAACAAUGUGGUUGCUGUGGACGUGGAGAAGAUGGGAAUGCGCACGUUCAGUACGACCGAAAUGGGUUUUAACCUGAGUGCAUUGAUGCACCCUAAAGUUGUGAGGCGGGCGGCUAAGUCACCGAUCAUCGCAGACCUCACUGGUGGCAUGGCCCAGGUUAGCGACCUGAAGGACCAGGUUGACGCCAUUCGCGCCGACAUCAUGAAGAAGGCGAAGCUUCAGGCAUCUAUUCAUGUCGCGUUGGAGAGCGACAAGAAGAUGCUGGCUCUACCUUCGACGCAGAAGCAGGCUGCUCCGAGCUCGAAGAAGUUUGCUCCUCGCGCAAACAUGUCGAGCUACUACUGCAACUCGUUCCCGAAGCUGGGUGGUGUGGCUGGACUGUCGGCGUCGACGAAGCAGGCGCUGCUGCGCGGCAUGCUGGAUCUGCGCCAAGUUGUUGUGGUGACUGGUUUCGGCGAGGUGAGUCCGUGGGGCAACUCGCGCACGCGCUGGGAGAUGGAGUCGUACGGCGAGUUCUCGCUGGAAGGCUGCAUUGAGCUGGCGUGGUUGACGGGCCGCAUCGCGUUCGACAAGGGCAACUGGGUGGACGCGAAGACGAAGGAGAUCGUGCCGGACCACCAGGUGAAGCCGCGUUACGAGGAGGACAUCCUGAAACACUCGGGCAUCCGCAUCGUUGAGCCUGAGCUGUUCGACGGGUACGACCCGAAGAACAAGAUGGUGCUGCACCAGGUGGCCAUCGACAAGAAGAUGUCCCCCAUCGAGGUGGCCGACCGCGAGGAGGCUCUGCAGUUUCGCAAGGAGCUGGGCAAGGAGAACGUGGACGUGUUCCAGAACGCGUCCGGCGCGUGGAUGAUUCGCCUGCGCAAGGGUUCUGUGCUGAACAUUCCUCGUGCGCUCAACUUCGACCGCUUCGUUGCUGGCCAGAUCCCGACGGGCUGGAGCGCGGAGCGUCUUGGUUUGUCAAAGGACCUUGCCGAUGCCGUGGACCCUAUUACGCUGUACGUGCUGGCAUCGACGAUGGACGCGUUUGUUGCUGCUGGUGUGACAGACCCGUACGAGUUCUACCAGUACGUGCACGUGUCGGAAGUCGGUAACACGUCCGGUGGUGGAAUGGGUGGUAUGCGAGCAUUCACGCAGAUCUACAAGAACCGCCUUCUUGGCAAGCCGGCUCCGAGUGACGCUCUGCAGGAGUGCUUCAUCAACACGCCUCCGGCAUGGGUGAACAUGCUGCUCUUGAGUUCUUCUGGCCCGAUCAAGACCCCAGUGGGUGCCUGUGCCACGGCUGCUGAGUCUGUGGACAUCGGUGCGGAGACGAUCAAGAGCGGCAAGGCUCGCAUUUGCAUCGUUGGUGGCUAUGACGACUUCGGCGAGGAAACGUCAAAUGAGUUUGCACAAAUGAAGGCGACGAGCGACUCGGUGAAGGAGACUGGAAUGGGUCGCGAGCCCAAGGAAAUGUGCCGUCCGUGCUCGACGACGCGUGGUGGCUUCAUGGAGAGCCAUGGCGCUGGUAUUCAGCUGCUGAUGGAUGCCCAGCUCGCGCUUGAAAUGGGUCUGCCGAUCUAUGGUAUUGUGGCGCUGACGAACACGGCAACGGACAAGAACGGCCGCUCUGUGCCGGCUCCUGGUCAGGGCAUUCUGACGACGGCGCGCGAGGCUACGUCGGACAACUCGAAGCCUUCCCCGCUGUUGGACGUGGAGUUCCGUCGCCGUCAGUUUGAUGACGAGCUGGAGAGCAUUGAGAAGUGGUAUGCGCGUGAGAAGGCAGGCGCUAACGGAGACCGAUCUCGCAUUAGAUUGAUAGAAAGGAGAAGGUUGCGGAAGGUGCGAGCAGCUCAAGCAACAUGGGGGCAGGGCUUCUAUUAUGGUGAGACGGAUAUUGCUCCUCUUCGCGGUGCGCUGAACGUGUGGAACCUGGACAUCGACGACCUGGGCGCUGCUAGCUUCCAUGGCACGGGUACCAAGGCCAACGACAAGAACGAGAGCGAGGUGACGCACAAGCAGAUGGCUCACUUGGGCCGCUCUGCGGGCAACCCGCUUCCGGUGAUCUGCCAGAAGAACCUGACGGGCCACCCGAAGGGUGCCGCUGCUGCGUGGAUGCUGAACGGCCUGCUGCAGGUGCUGAACACGGGCUUGAUCCCGGGCAACCGUCAGCUGGACAACACGUGCGCGACGCUGCGCAAGUACGACCACCUCGUGUACCCGAACCGUAGCUACCAGACGGUGGGCAUCAAGGCUGUGCUGAUGAAGAGUUUCGGCUUCGGCCAGGCCGGUGGCGAGGUGGUGCUGGUGCACCCGGACUACUUGCUGUCGACGCUGGGUGCUGAGGAGUUCCAGCACUACUCUGCUCGUCGCGAGCAGCGUCUGAUCAAGAUGAACACGCACGUGCAGGGCGUGAUCACGGGCAAGCAGGCGCACAUCCAGGUGAAGAACGAGGCGCCGUACUCGUCGGCGCAGGAGAGCAACGUGUACCUGGACCCGACGGCCCGCGCGGAGUACGACGCGACGUCCAAGACGUGGCGUUUUGGCGGCGCGGACUCGCUCACUGCGGAGGAGAACCACCGCCAGCGCGCGGAGAAGCGCGCGAAGAAGGCGAAGGCUGCUGCGGAAGCGGCGGCGGCGGCCUCGAAGAAGACCACGGAGACGCACUCGGCCGACUCGUCGUCGACGCUGUUGACUGCCAUCAACCAAGCGGCGACCGACCUGGGUCUGGCGUCCAAGAACAUGGGCAUGGGUGUGGACGUGGAGCCGGUGGCCACGUUCGAGAACCUGAAUGGCCGCGAGGACUUCAUCCGCCGCAACUUCACGGACCAGGAGAUGGCGUACUGCUACAGCGCGCCGCACCCGGCCGCGAGCUUCGCGGGUCGCUGGGCCGCCAAGGAGGCUGUGAUCAAGGCCAUCUCGAGCUCUUCGCCGACGGAGCCGAACCUGUGGAAGGGAGCUGGCGCCCCGCUGCGCGAGAUCGAGAUCUUCAUGACGGCGUCAGGCGCUCCGUCCGUGCUGCUGUCGGGCUACCCGCUGCAGGUGUUCAACCGUCUGGGCUUGUCGAAGCUGAGCGUGUCGAUCAGCCACUCGGGCGACUUCGCGGUGUCCCAGGCUGUUGCCAGCUUCCAGCAGGACUGA